AUGUCCGCCACAAACAACACCCCUGUGUCCGUGCCUGACCGGCGGAUACUGCACUCGAUGUCUUCCACACCGCAAGAGAGUGGGUCACUGACUAAUCACUCUUCGCUCUUCACCCUCAUCAUCAUCAACACUGCUCAGCUUACGAACCCAUUUUAUUGGAAAGGAAGGCAGAUCGAAAUUGCAGAUCAAUGGAUGCCGAAAAAGCGGCGCAACGAGCGGUCUGCACCGUUUUCGGUCAAGAUCGUUCGUAAGUCCUAUUACAAUCCAUCUAACUUACAAGAUAACGAUGGUUUAUAUGGCUGGCGGACCAUCAUCACCAAAUCGCUCAGUCGCCCUUUUGUACUCUUCGUCCACGAGCCGAUAGUUCAGCUCCUCGACGUGAACUCACGUAGCCUCUCAGUCUUUUUGACGACGAUACCACCGAUCUUUCAGGGUGAUUGGUUGGGGCGUGCCAAAACGACGAACAUGGUUUACAUUCAUCUCAAGAAUAAAAACGGCGGAGUUGCAACGCCGGAAUUCAGAUUGUCUGGUAUGGUUCCUGGAUCUCUGCUACAUCCAAUAGGGUGCUUGAUCGUAGGCUGGACCUCUGAAGUCCAUACCCAUUGGAUAGCUGUAGAUAUUGGUAUGGCACUUGUGGGCGCAGGUAUCAUUCUGAGUUUCCAGUGUAUUCAGACCUACAUCCUUGAAUGCUUUCAGCUUCAUGCCGCUUCCGCAAUUGCUGCUGUCGCCCUUUUGAGGUCACUGGCAGGCUUUGGAUUUCCCUUGUUUGCUCCAGCAAUGUAUGACGCACUCGGGUUCGGGAAGGGCAAUACUGUUCUGGCAGUUGCGGCAAUCGUCUUAGGCUGUCCUGCGUAUGUCUUCCUCCCUUAUCCUUCUGUCGUCACCCUCGGUAGUAAUACCUGCAGGCCCUGGAUAUUCUGGCAUUACGGGGAGCGGAUACGGAACAGCAGUCGACAUGCGCAUUGA